GCUGUUGCUGAUGCUGUUGCCCGGCGCCUGUAUCCGUGCAGCCAGACGGAGGUAACCGUAGCCACCGGUCCACCAUCAGCAGCAGAGAAGACAGGGACAGAGGGGGAGUGAGAAGGAUCUUCAGCAUCCCUGGAGAGUUACAUACGCAGUGAGAAGAUGACCCUGGCAGCCUACAAAGAGAAGGUCAAAGAGCUCCCCCUGGUGUCUCUGUUCUGCGCCUGCCUGAACCCACAGACUGCAGAGAAACCUACAUACAAGGCAGAAGAUGCAGUGGACCUGGGCUGGUGCGUCAUUAAGGACGUGGAGGUGAUUGAGCUGAAUAAGCGGGCAUCGGGCCAAGCCUUCGAGGUGAUCCUCAAGCCCCCGUCCUUCGAUGGUGUGCCUGAGCUCAACACCUUCAUGCCGCAGCGCCGCGACCCAUCCCUGGAGGAAAUCCAGAAGAAACUGGAGGCUGCCGAGGAGAGGCGAAAGUGCCAGGAGGCUGAGCUCCUGAAACACCUGGCAGAGAAGAGGGAGCACGAGCGCGAAGUAAUCCAGAAGGCCUUUGAGGAGAACAACAACUUCAUCAAGAAUGCAAAGGAGAAGCUGGAGCAGAAGAUGGAGGCCAACAAGGAGAACAGGGAGGCCCUGCUGGCUGCCAUGCUGGAGAGGCUGCAGGAGAAGGACAAACACGCAGAAGAAGUGAGGAAGAACAAGGAGAUGAAGGAGGAAGCCUGCCGGUAGAUGAGUGGAGCAAGGGAGGCCGAGCAAGGGAGCCAAGAAAGAGAGAGAGAAAGAGAGAGAGGGACUGGGAGUUUUCAGAGUCGUAAAAAAAGAAAGGAAAUCAAAACAGUGCAGGAAAGAAAAAAAGAACUCAAAAACAACUCGAACAGAGGGAAAAGGCAAGUUUUCAUAUUUGAUGUAUGCUGUAACAAUUCUGAACAAGCUGUACAAAUUUUAGCAAACUCUUCGAUGUUGAAAUUCGAAAAGAAAUCUUUAGCUUUUUUCUAGAGGAAAGUGGGCGGGUGGUGGUGGGGUGGCAUCAAAACAAACAUUUCAUGUAUUUAAUAGAGGGGCUGCUGGGGUUGUUUGGUGAGGAAUGAAAGCUGCGCCAAAGCAGGAGGAGGUAAAAAUUUAAAUUACAGCUCUCUCAUUCCUGAAGUCCUUUCAGAAAGAAGGAAGUUAUAAUUGCCUGUGUGAUAUUUUAAUGUAUUAACUGAGCUGUGUUUUUCUUACAGUUGCCAGUUAUGCAGUUUCUUAACAAUUAGACUGUAACCAUGAAGAAGGGAGCUGUAAUCUAAAUUGUUACCCAGUAAAAGAUGAAAAACAGUAGGAUGAUUCUGAGUAGAACUGGACACACAGAUGUAGUUUAAGAACCCUAGUCAGUCACAACUGAUACAAGUCAAAACCAAGUGGCUUCUUUAGUGAUUUACAGAGUACUUACUGGUCAAUAUAUACAAACAGGACAUAACACACAAGCGUCUGUUGUUUCUGGAUUAAAAAUAAAAACUGAUUUCCCUAGGUCCACUGCUCUCAUGCUAAUUCUGCGCUGCACCAUUUUUGGAAUGGUUCAGCCUGUCUAGGGACGUCUGUGUGAGCUAAACUCAGUGAAUAUAAAAUGAAGAUUCAGGCUUCUGUUUCCUUCUACAAUGCUCUAGGUGAAUACAAUAAUAAGAAAAAAAGCUUGAAAAGUGAAGAAGCUCUGCUGUAUUCUGCCAUUUUCAGGCUCUUUGUGAAACUUUAGCUGUAGUGUAGUCAUAGAUCAGUGACAUGCAUUUGAGUCUCUUAGAUUUAGAGCACUGAUUGCACUCUUAUUUCAUUAAGCACAACUCGAAAGCACAUAUGCAUACAAGAAGGACAGUGAAUAUGUACAGUCAAAACAACAAUAACAUCACAGGAAGGCAAAGUAGUGAGUGACAGUAGUUGAGGAUUUGGACAAAUUUGAUGUGGAAGUAUGGGUCUGGGGCUUUUCUGGCUAACCAGUAGUCUCCGUUUGCUUUGACAUAUGUCACUGUGCUCUGAUCGUCAGUUAAUGAUUUUCAAGGGAAUUUAAACAUAAAAGAGUAAACAGAAAGAUUAAAUUAGCUCGAGUUGUUGAGUCAUACUGACUUGAUUGAAAUAUCUAAAAUGUUUGCACUGCAACAGGGGAGUCGUAACAUGGGGUUUGUACUUGCUGUAACUGUGUGUCGCUGUAUAUCUUCGAGGCUGGAUUGAUUGUAUCUGUUUGGCAUGGUCAGUAAAAAUAGCUUGACUGAACUCA